CUGUCACUCCUUGACCAUUUAAACAAACACAGCGUAUCGUAGGGAAGGUGACGGGCAGCGACCAGCAACCAGGUUUACGCACUCAUUUCGCAUCUAAACCCGCAGAGAGCAAAGAUAGCGUUUGUUUACGUCGGCUUUCCGUACGCGUUCUUUGGGUUCGGCUCCGCAUUCACGCGACUAUCGUCCCAGCAAACACAGCAUACACCGCACUUUAUUGGUCUCAUUACCAUCAUAAACCUAAUCAACAGCCUUUCCAGCAUACACCAGGAGAGCACAUCGACACGAUGACAUCCUUCAAACACUCCUGCUUCCGCAUCCGCCGCCGCUACCUCAUCCUCAUAACCAUCCUCUGUCUCGGGGUCCUCCAUUUCCUUCACGCAUUUCCCUCUGACACCGACUUCCUAUCCAAAGCUCGGCCGAGAGGGUGGAUGCCUUCAGGAUCACCUGGUGGGACAGGGAAGGGACAGGGCCGGGGGAGAAGAACAGGGAAGAGGGGGAGUGGGUUGGUGGAUCCGGGGGUUAAGACGAGGUUUGUUGGAGAGGAUCAGAAUGUUAUUCAUUUGACGGAGGGGGUUAACAGAGGGCCGUGGGUAAUCGACAACCUCCCCUCCUUCCUCGAAGUAGGCCAAAACCACACCCUAACCCUCCGCUGCCUCUACUCCGACCUCUGCCCAAAACGAUACUACCUCCUCCUACGCGGACCCUCAAUCCUCACUCCACCCCUCGAAUCCAUGGUCCGCGUGGAUGAGAAGACCGUCGAGAUCGAAGUGAGGGUAGAGGAUGCGGGUGAGUACCAGGUUUUCGCGUGGCCGGAUUAUGAGGAGUGUCCGAAGUGGUUCCGGACGGAGUUGAAGUAUGGGAUGAAUCGGGCGCAGGCGAUGAAUUCUGGAGUGUAUAUCUCUGUGCGGGGAGCGCCGUUGGAGGAAGGGCUUGACUCGUGUUCGGAGUUGGAGAGGAGUGAGGUUGGGGAGGGGAGGUGGGUUGCUACGGAGGCGAUCGCUAAAAGGUGGCAGGGAGUUGGGUGGUAUGAGAGUUUGGAUAAGGGGAUGGAGUACACGUACCAACCGUACUCGUGCAAGCGUCCGCACGUCAACAUCAAGGACGUACCCCGACUCCUACCAAGCGCAGAGCAUAUUGUCUUCAUCGGGGACUCGGUUAUGCGUGGGGCGUUUUGUACCCGAGUCUGGCCGGCGUUCAGUGAGAGUGGGAAAGCGGAUGGCCCGUGUACGUUCAUCAACGAUCGGGACCUCUACCACAUCAACCCGAAACACACCUCCUACAAGAACCCCGAGGGGCGGGAAGUUAAGUUAUCCUUCGUCUUCGCCGACGACAAGCCGCGGGGAGCAUUGGAGUACCUCACGAAAGAAGGUAUCAACCCAACCCACAUCAUCACCAACCUCGGACUCUGGCUAGCGCCGCUGGACGACACAGCAUAUACCUCAGCCGUCCGCACAUUCCUCACCACGAUUCACGAACGCUGGCCCGCUGCAAAGGUAGUCUGGCGAACAACAACAGACGUCGCUCCCCAAAUCCAGUGUUUCAGCGACAAGGGCAUGACCCGUCAACGUCUUCAUAGUCAACACUCCAUCUCCUCGACCCUUGUUCCGGAGAUGCGUGAGAAGGGGAUGAAGGUGGGCUUCGUGGAUGCGUAUGAGAUGAGUCGGUCGAGGCCGGAUGCGGGAAAUGAUGGCAGACAUUGGGUGAUUGAGAGUCCGGAGGAAGAGGGGUGGAUGAGGCCGGCGAGGCCGGGGGUUGGGGAUGUGGAGGGUGCGGUGGGGGAUGCGAUUUGGGAGGAGAUGGGGAGGUUAGAAAGGGUAUAAGAGUAUUUUGUCAAAAGUGAGAGGGGAGGCGUUUGAUAUUGGCCAGUUAGGGGUUGCAUUGUGUUUCUUUGUUUUGGCAGAAUAUUUGGCAUACAGCUGCAGGUGGGAUAGGUAGAUAACCUGGUAUCAGCUACAGCUAUGAAAUUGACAUUCACUGUUCACUGUGGCUACGGUACACGGUUUUCAGGCACUCGCAACCUCCUUCCCCUUGCCCUCCCCUCCACCCUCCUCAACUUCCUCCGCAAAGAUCGGAUGAUCAAGUCCCCAUCCAACCCUAACAACCUGCUUCGCACUAUCCAAAACC